AUGAAGCUGUUUUGAUGAGGUUAAAAGGCUCCUCCCCUCUCUCCCCAAGCAGCAGCCUGAAGUACGUCAGCAGUAAUUGUGUGCAUGGCUCGGCUGUGCAGGGAGGGUGGAGGCAAAAUUGAUAUCAAAUAAAGGUAUCAAACUGAGAUCUAGAUGUUCCAUUUAAGUUGUUGCUCAUUUUCAUUAGCCACACCAGGGAUGAAAUGCUUAUAACUUAACCAUUCUCUGUAGUAAGAACAUUUGUUUUCAAUGGAUUUAUAUUUUUCCUCUCCAUAAAGACUGAAUUAGUGCUAUAGUGAAUAUAAAUGAAGGGUGUUUCUUUACCCUCUUUUCCUUUUAUUAUUUACUAAUCAGACUUCAGCUCAGUUAGAUAAAAGAGAGAGGUUCUGUUGCCUAGAUGUGAGGCCUUUAAUGAGGAUGGGAGCCCCCAGGGAGCCGAAAUCCAAACUAGAACGAUGCCGCUUUCCGGUUUCUUGCAAUUUCUUCAGUUGCUUCUUCUCCCUUUUCCAAUGGGCCUAGUGAGCAGGAACUAUCCAAGGUGCUAGAACGCUGGCAGCCUUGCCGUUCAAUGCAGACGGAUUGCAGAAACAGAGAAGAAAGAUUACUGCUUAUUUCAGAAGAAUAUAAUCAAAUGAGGUACCUUAGUCAGCUUGGUGAUUGCUUCGGGUCUUGUAAUCAUCUGUGUAGCAAAGUGGGUAAAAUCAUUCAAUUUCUUCCCUGCUGGACCUGGAAGGAGAGGGGUUGUGUGUUCAUCCCCACCCAUUAGCUAUGCCCUCUUUUCUCCGAAUGUCGAUUUAAGGAAGCAAGCACCUGUCUUCUGCCACUGCAUCUUCCUAGCAAACUUUAAAGGCCAUUUUAUCUGAUAGGAAGGACAUUGAGAAUGCUCUGAUCUAGUGAUGAAGAAUCUCGGAGUCGACACUUUUCCCAUCCUGACACAAUGCACUUUAAUUGAAGAAACACUGAGCUGAACUACAAGUCUAUCUCUUAUGGUGCUGGAUUACUCCUACAGAACUGCCCUGAGAUCAACCGUGAGAGGGGGCUCUGACAGACACAAGUCACCUUCUGGUUAUUGCACUUAGCUCUCCCUGGGGACUUAAAUUUUGGCAGUGUUCCUCUUUACAUGAUAUCCUCCAAGAUGAUGAGUUCUAAUCCCGAGGAAGACCCUUUGGACACAUUUCUCCAGUACAUUGAGGAUAUGGGGAUGAAGGCCUAUGAUGGCUUGGUUAUUCAGAAUGCAUCAGAUAUUGCGCGAGAGAACGAUCGCUUGAGAAACGAAACUAACCUGGCCUAUUUGAAAGAGAAGAAUGAAAAACGCCGAAGACAAGAAGAAGCAAUAAAACGCAUAGGUGGAGAAGUAGGGCGAGGCCACGAAGGGAGUUACGUGGGCAAACAUUUCCGCAUGGGAUUCAUGACAAUGCCUGCUCCUCAGGACAGACUCCCCCAUCCUUGCUCCAGCGGCUUUUCUGUGAGAUCACAGUCCCUGCACUCAGUUGGGGGUACAGACGAUGACAGCAGCUGUGGCUCACGGAGGCAACCACCACCCAAGCCCAAGCGGGACCCCAGCACCAAGCUGAGCACCUCAUCAGAGACGGUCAGCAGCACUGCAGCCAGUAAGAGCGGGAAACCCCCUGAGAGGACUGAAGUGUCAGCUAAACCAAGACCCCACAGUGAUGAAUAUUCCAAGAAGAUUCCUCCUCCCAAACCGAAGCGGAAUCCGAACACUCAGCUGAGCACAUCUUUCGAUGAAACGUACAUCAAAAAGCACGGGCCCCGGAGGACGUCGCUGCCGCGGGACUCCUCUCUGUCCCAGAUGGGCAGCCCCGCGGGAGACCCCGAGGAAGAGGAGCCCGUGUACAUCGAGAUGGUGGGGAACAUUCUCAGAGACUUCAGGAAGGAGGACGACGACCAGAGCGAGGCUGUCUACGAGGAAAUGAAGUACCCCAUCUUUGACGACUUGGGCCAAGACACCAAAUGUGACUUUGACCAUCACAGCUGUUCUUCGCAGUGUGCUACUCCCACGGUGCCUGACUUGGACUUUGCCAAGGCCUCAGUGCCAUGCCCCCCCAAGGGGCUGCUUUGUGACAUCCCCCCGCCCUUCCCCAACCUGCUUUCUCACAGGCCCCCGCUGCUGGUAUUCCCCCCCGCCCCCGUACAUUGCUCCCCCAACUCCGACGAGUCCCCGCUCACCCCUCUGGAGGUCACGAAGCUUCCCGUGCUGGAAAACGUGUCUUACAUGAAACAGCCGGCGGGGGCGUCACCCUCCGCGCUGCCGUCCCACGUCCCCAGCCAUGCGAAACUGGAGAAAGAGCAGGCCGCGGCCCUGGGACCUGCCUCUGCCACCCCUGCGCUCUCCUCGUCGCCCCCGCCCCCGUCCACGCUGUACCGAACCCAGUCUCCCCACGGCUACCCUAAAAGCCACUCCACCUCUCCCUCCCCCGUCAGCAUGGGGAGGUCCCUGACUCCCCUGAGCCUCAAAAGGCCUCCCCCUUAUGACGCUGUGCAUUCGGGCAGCCUCUCCAGGAGCUCUCCUUCAGUGCCUCACUCGACCCCCAGACCCGUGUCGCAAGAUGGGGCCAAGAUGGUCAACGCCGCAGUGAACACCUACGGGGCUGCCCCGGGCGGCUCCCGGUCCCGGACACCCACGAGCCCGCUGGAGGAACUGACCAGCCUGUUCUCCUCCGGCCGCAGCCUGCUGCGCAAGUCGUCCAGUGGCCGGCGCUCCAAAGAGUCUGCAGAGAAAUCAACGGAGGAACUGAAAGUCCGAAGCCACAGCACGGAGCCAUUACCAAAGUUGGACAACAAGGAAAGAGGCCACCAUGGGGCGUCUUCCUCCAGAGAGCCUGUCAAAGCUCAGGAAUGGGACGGAACACCAGGGCCACCUGUGGUCACCAGUAGACUGGGAAGAUGCUCUGUGAGCCCCACCUUGUUGGCAGGAAACCACAGUUCAGAGCCUAAAGUAAGCUGCAAAUUAGGCCGGUCUGCGUCGACGUCAGGUGUGCCUCCUCCAUCAGUCGCUCCUCUCAGGCAAAGCAGUGACCUGCAACAGAGCCAGGUGGCAUGCAUGCAGUGGUUUCAUGGAGACCAUACAAUGCUUGAGAUGAUUGAGAAAAAGCGUUGCUUGUGCAAGGAAAUAAAGGCUAGACAGAAAACGGAAAAGGGCCUUUGCAAACAGGAUAGCAUGCCUAUCUUGCCCAGCUGGAAGAAGAAUGCAGGUGCCAAGAAGUACAGCCCUCCACCCUAUUCUAAACAGCAAACGGUGUUCUGGGAUACUGCCAUAUGAGUGUGCGCAGGAUGGUGUGAGCUCCACAUUUCUUAAUAUGAAGAGGGAGGUCGACUCGGUCCUAUGACAAUGAACUGUUACAUAUCUUUUCUGUGGGAGUGGAAUGCCAUGGGAAGCUGUGCCUAUUUGUGGCAAGUUCAAGAUAAAAUGCAUAUGCCCUUGCAAUGAAGGCGCACUUAUUUAUCCCGGAUUAUUUUGAAUCCAGAAGAUAUUAAAAUGUAAAUAUUUUACUAGUUUAUGGGUGACACCUGAAAUAAUACACAUUAUACGUAUAUAAAUUACAGAAAUAUCAAGAGUUUACUAUAUGAUAUCAUUUCGGUAUUAACUGGUUUGUUAUCUCUUUUAUAUGUAAUCCCUUGAUGCCUUUUAUUAUUAAUUUUUGCAUUUAAAAUGGUAUUUUUUUUCCCUUGCCCACAUCUGGUUUCUGUACAAGAGCUCACAACUAUAAAUCAUGUUCAAUCACAUAAUAUAUGAUCUGGUGCUAGUAACAUAGAAGUUGAAUACCAUAUUUGUUAAGAGCAUCUGUGCUUUUUAAGUUUCAAGGGUUUGACAGGAAAUGAAUGCAAACGUGAUGCUUAAUUUGGACGUCCAAGUUACAUUGACAACAAUAUUUUUGCUACAUUGGCUUUAUAAGAAUUUCUCUUUAGUAUCCUCUGGCAAUGGUUAGACUAACCAUUAGUCUGACUUAGUGAUAACUAAGCAAUGGUUAGUCAGCCUCCAGAGAAAGUUACUAGGGUAUAUUGGACAUCCCAGCAGAAAACAUUUCCUUCAGAAAUGACUUUAGGGACAUGUGUCCUUGCAUCAUUGAUCUGAUGGGAGGAGACCAGGGUUCACUGUGACAAUGGAAGGAACAAGGAAUUAAUAGCUCAAGAGCAUGACUGCUUUCAAGAAAGUGGGACCAGUGGCAUUAUAGCCACCUUAAUCACUAUAUUUAAGUAACUUUUCAUGUGUGCGCUUGUUUCCCCAAGAAAAAUGAGAAAUAAACAUUCAACUAGACCAGUUUACAUAUUUUAAUGCACUAAAUGCCAAUCUUUCUAAAAGUUUAGCUCCAUUAAUAAAAUAUGUAUUUCUUGUUAAUUUUUUCAAACUGGUUAUCACCACAUUUCUGGGUCAUAAUCUUCUGUAUGUGAUCAUCACACCCAUUCUCACUGAUUAUGACACCAUGACCAAAGAAUUAUGGCCAUUUUUAAUUUUAUUUUGUUUCAAGAAAGAAACAGGAAAUGCAGGGGAUGAGGGAUGGGGCGGAUUCAAUUUUAUGUGGUGGUGAAAUUUAAGUUAAAAAAAUCAUAUAUAUCUUUUAAGAAGAACUUGUUAGUUGAAUAUAAAUAUUGCCACGAAUGAAUAAAAAAGAAACUAUCGCAUAUAUUUUGUAUAUUUAAAUUACUAUUUAUGCCUCCUAAAAUUGAUAGUAUGUGGUUCUUUGUUAACAAUCAAUUUAGUAUUAUAUUUCUGAGAGAAAAGGUGUGUUUUUGAAGUUAUUGUUAUAGCAGUUUUUCUUGUAAGGGUAUUGACAGCAAUAGUUCAGUGCUGCUCAAUAAAACCAAAUAUAACAGGAGUUAGAGAAUUUUUGUAAUCUAUAUUGCUACAAACCUAGUGAUGCUUUAUCAGUAAUAGUUUCUUUCAAAAGCCUUUUCAAUGUUAUAACAUGAUUUUCUAAUAUUUUAUAAUUAAUGUGUAUUUUGAUGUCCAAUUCGAAUUCUGAAAGAAUAAGGAAAAAGGUAAGUGGGAGCAGUGUACGGUUGGUGUGUCUGUGUGUGUGCGUGUGUGUGUGUGUGAGUGUGUGUGUACACGAAAGAAUACUCAGUGGGAGAACUGUAUACAGAAAAUGCUUACUGAAGUUGCAGGUUCUGCUUGUGUAAUUGAGGUGGUAGAAAACCGGGAUCACAAAUGCAGGAAAUUACAAAGGGAUCUUAAGCAGCUUAAAUAAAACCCGCCAGCAUGUUUCACCAGCUAUAGAUUAUGUUUCAAGCCCAACAAGCUAUGGAGCACAAAUCUAAGGGUGAUGAAAAUGUGUUUAGAUAAAAUCAGAAUGGAAAUAAAAUGUGUUUAUGACCCCAGUUGUUAUCCUGAUUUAAGUUAUUAUGACCACAUAUACUCAAGCCUAUCAGUCAGAUACAAGAUACUAAUUCUCAGCAUUUCUGUGAAACGUACAUAUUCAGGCUCAGUAUGGUGAUGAUUAACCCUCCCUUAACAUUUGUAUUUAGGGUACAUCUUUCUGUGGGGAGAUGCAAAUGUGUUUUUCAGAUGCCUGUCUUUCCCAUAUCACUCUGAUUUAGGCAGAAGGUUUAUUUAAUGUUGGCCAUUUGUCAAGAAGGAAACAAAAGUACUGACAUGAUCUGUGUUGGAUUAAACCAUUCCCAUUUGUUCUAUCAAACUCAUGCUAGGACUAGGUUUCAGGCACUCCUUUUUCAAAUGCAUUAUUUUCUGAGGCGGUAACUUGUUUGAAAAUUUGACUUUAGGCAACCAUUUUCAUUUAUUUCCGCAAAUCUCUACUUAAGUGGAAAGCGCCUGAAAGAUCUGGAAAAGUGGCUUCACUGAGAUUUAACUCAAGAACUGUUAUUCUGUGCCUAUACAAUUGUCUGUUGUGGCAAUGAUCAUUCCAUAAUCAAUUUCCUUUUUGUAUAGUGUUUCUCUAAAUGGAGAAAAGGAGGUCAUUAGUAUAUAGAGAAAAAUAAUUAGACUCUCUGGCAGUAAUCAACCAGGAUACUUCAGUAUAUCAAUUUGGUCAGAAGAUAGCCUACAGAUAGCCAGAACACUAUGCUAUGAUGAAGCUCAUAUUUCUAGCAGUGCCAAAGAACAAAUCAUCUCAUGGCAUGGUUAUCAGGUUGAAAGAGCUCAUACUUACAAAAAAUGGUCCUCUCACAGCAAAUUUCCUAGAAACAGAAUUUUAUUGGAUGUCACAAGAUGCUUUUACAUAUGAAACACUCCUUAGCAGAGAAGAUAUAAAUUUCUUUAGAAUUGAUGAAAGGAAAAUUAAAAAAUUUGCAUUUUUUUCGAUCGCAGAUGCCAGCAUCCUCUGAGGUAUAAGAGUAAUCUUUUACAUAAACAGCGCCCGCAUCUCUCCCAUGUUUAUGCUACUGAAGCAAGCUUGGCAUCAAAUGUGAUGGAUUUGUGUAAAUGAAGGUUAAUAUCCACCCAUGUAAAAUAAUUAGGAAAGUAAAACAUCUGGAGAUUAAAAUUUGUAGUUUUAAAGUAUUAUAUAUUCAAACACAUGCCAAUUGUCUGUAGACAACUAGAUACAACUUUACUUUCCAAAGUAGUGACAAAAUUGUCUUUGAAUGCUUCUAGAGAAUAAAAGAAGGUUUUUAUUACUACAUUUUGUUGCAGGUCUUGCCUAUACAUGGAAUUUAGUUUGAUUCUUUUGAGCAAAUUUAGUGACUACGUCAAUAAAACUAAACAAAACUAUUGGGUUAUUGUUUUAACUAAUUAAAUAAGACAUCAACACAAUGCACAUACAAAUGCAAUUUUAAUAUCACUUCCAUAUUAAGACAAGUCAGUUUGCUAAAGUAGAAAAGAGCUUGUAAAAUAACCACACUCACAUGUGAAAUUGAGAAACGAUUCCUAUGAUAUAAGCAGUAAGUAAUCAGAGAUAAGAGGUCAUUCACACUUGCAAAUAAAUAGAAGUAGAAUAGAUAGCAAUUCACAAUUCACUGUGUCCCAAACUUAAGUGGAAAUAAAAGAAAAAUGGUACCUGUAGCAUUUAACAUUAUGUCGCUACAUCCUCCAUGUAUGCAAAAUAGACAGCUAAUUGUAGAAUGUGGACAAUUUGUUAUUAAUCCAUUAUUGAGCAACUUAUGUAUCAGGCAUUAAAAAAUUCUAAAGCACUGGGUGUUAAACAUUGAAAAAGAUGUCGUCCCACCCUUCAAGGAGCUUAAUUAUGCAAUCAUCAAUAUUUUCAAAAUAAAGCCAAUUGUUUUUAAGAAGAUAUACAAUUGUGUUUACACAAUUCUCUUUUUUUUUCAGAUCAAGUGUAUAGUCAAGGUAAAAUUCUAAACAUACUAAACUUAAUGUCUAAGUAUAGAAUAUGUUUGUAUGUAAGCCUCGAUGUGUGCAUAUAUAAUAUGUACUGCUGUCUAUGUAAAUCAUUAAAAGGAUAACACAUUUUGCCAUAUUGGACUUGAACAUUAUGACUUGGGGUUUGGAUGAUUUAAAACUCUUUGAUAUUUGGGUCAAUUACAUUGCAGCAAAAUGUGUGUAAUAUGGAAAAAAUAUCUGAUUACAUUUCCCUUUAAAUAUUAUGAAAUUUCAAAUUUAAGGGGAAUUUUUUUUAAAGAAAUGCUGUUGGAUUUAUCUCAACCAAACAUAUGUGAAAAUUCUUUAGAAGUGUUCAAUUGUUCCCAAAUAUAACUGGGUUUGCCCACCCUAAAAGCAUCUACAUUUACACAUGUAUACACCCACGUACAGUAUACAUACUGUAUAUAAUAUAUAUGAAAAUGUUUAGUAUGCACUUCUUUUGAUUGGAACUCCUUAAGUUAACCUUUAUAGUGUAGCAACUUGUGUAAAGUGCACUGUGAUUAUAAAAAGCAAAGCACAGUAAAGUCACAGGUCUUGUUAUCUUGCACUAAAAAUGUGUUUACGUAUUUAGCAGUUGUAUGUUUACUUUCUUGCUCUUUCAGACAAUUGAAACAAAUAGCUAUGAGAAGAUGAUAUAAAAUAAUAUGUUUUUUAGUGGAUAAUGGCACUACAUUUUUAAAAGACAGGGUUUUUAAAGAAAACCAUUUAACAUCCAUUCCAACAUAACAUGUUUACCAUAUCUAAAAAUUUGAAUGUCAUAUUGCAUUUUUCAUAAUUCAUUAGAAAUGUCAGGUAUGUGCCUGAAAAAUUGUGCAAAUAAGCAUUAGAUAACAGAUUUCUCUACUCAUGUGUUAUUAGCCAUUUCUAUAUACAUAAUAAUAUAAACACUGAUGUUUUAAUGUCUCUUAAUUUUUGUACUUGAUUUUUUUAGGUAACAUGUAAUUAUAAAUGUACUUUGAUACUACUGAAGUAACCAGAUGUUGUUUGAAAAUAAAUUGUUUUCUUUAGUGCAUUGACAAUAUUUUACAAUACUUUUUGUGCUUAUUUAUUUGUGCUCCCGUGUAAUUCUAAUAAAAGCAAUAGUUUAAAUU